AGAAAUUUAAGAAACUAAAAAGAGAGAAAAUAAAUAAAAAAUAAAAAAGCAUGGCCUUUACAGAACAGCUACACCAAUAACAGUAAGCAUGAACAUUAAUCACCAAAACAGCAAUACGAAAGAAGGACAAAAAAAUCAGAAUCAAAAUCAUCCCAAAAGAGAUACCAUUUCUGUCUCAACCCUGGAUUCCAGAUUCAACCAAACCCUCAAGAAUGUUCAGGGUUUGCUUAAAGGUCGCAGUAUUCCCGGUAAAAUAUUGCUGACCAGAAGGGCAGAUCCUAUAGAGGACCCAAGCUUAUAUUCCCCAAGUUUUGGACGGAGUCUCUCACAGAAUGAUGCAGGGACAAGUGAUCACAUGCAUGAUUCCGUAGAGGUAGAAGACAAGGAUACAACCAAGCCAAAUAAUGGGAGUGCUUAUAAGUUGAAGUCAACAACUUUAAAUGUUGAAACUAAUUUCAAUGAAUCUCAGAAGUCCAGCAUCGGUGCUAGAGCUACAGAUUCUGCUAGGGUUAUGAAAUUUACAAAGGAGUUAUCUGGUUCAAUGGUCAUAUUAGAGAGAUUACGAGAGUUAGCUUGGAGUGGUGUACCACCAUACAUGCGCCCUACCGUGUGGAGGCUUCUCCUGGGAUAUGCACCACCUAAUUCAGAUAGAAGGGAGGGAGUGCUGAGAAGGAAGCGUACUGAGUACCUUGAUUGUGUUGCACAAUUUUAUGACAUUCCAGAUACUGAACGUCCAGAUGAUGAAAUCAACAUGCUUCGUCAGAUUGCUGUUGAUUGUCCAAGAACUGUGCCUGAUGUUACUUUCUUUCAGCAAGUACAAGUUCAGAAAUCCUUAGAGCGUAUUCUUUAUACAUGGGCUAUUCGACAUCCUGCAAGUGGGUAUGUUCAGGGAAUAAAUGAUCUUGUUACCCCCUUUCUUGUCGUUUUCCUUUCGGAAUAUUUGGAAGGGAGUGUGGAUAAUUGGUCAAUCUCAGAUCUACCACCAGAAAAGAUUUCUGACAUAGAGGCUGAUUGUUAUUGGUGCCUAUCGAAAUUGCUUGAUGGUAUGCAAGAUCAUUACACAUUUGCUCAACCAGGAAUCCAGAGGCUUGUGUUUAAGCUGAAGGAAUUGGUUCGCCGGAUUGAUGAACCUGUUUCAAGACACAUUGAAGAGCAGGGGCUUGAAUUUCUUCAAUUUGCUUUCCGCUGGUUUAACUGUCUUUUAAUUCGCGAGAUCCCGUUUCAUCUUGUUACGCGAUUGUGGGACACAUAUCUUGCUGAAGGAGAUGCAUUGCCUGAUUUCCUUGUGUACAUAUUCGCCAGUUUUCUUCUAACGUGGUCAGAUAAGCUUCAGAAGCUGGACUUCCAGGAGAUGGUAAUGUUCCUGCAACACCUUCCGACGCAUAAUUGGACGCACCAAGAGCUUGAGAUGGUACUAUCUAGAGCAUACAUGUGGCACAGUAUGUUCAACAGCUCUCCUAGCCACCUAGCUAGCUGAAGAUGAACUAUUAACAACAUCCUGAAUUCGGUUCCUUUCUCCUCUUUUGACAAUUUUUUCCCUUUCUUUUUAAUAUUUAUUUGUCCCUCGACUUGGUUUGUUACCUUCGAGCGUACGUUUUCUCUAAUUUUAGUACAAAAGAGGCCAAGCAAUGUUCUCUUUUCUGUUGUCAAAAGUGUGGCCUGUAAUAUAUGUAUUGUCAGGCAUUCCUUUGUGUAUCUACCUGAUAAAGGCUAAAACAAGAGAAUUACUUUUGUCUUUUCA